AUGAUUUUAACAGUUAAACAUUUUCUUUUUCGGAAAUUUGGAAAUGAUACAUCAAAUAUAAUUUGGUUAAUAGUUUUAUAUCUUUUUCAAGGUAUACCGGUUGGUUUAGCAUUCUCUACUAUACCUUUUCUAUUGCACAAGAGUGCCACUUACACUCAGAUCGAUUCUGUGGUCUCCGUUCGUCGACAGUAUCUACUGGCCAAAGUUUGGUCGGCUGUUUAUCUCGCCGUUUCGAAAUCGGAGGAUCGACAGUCCGACUCGGAUGUCUUCUCAGAGGUUUCCUCACCGACAUUCGCCGCUACCAACAAGAAGAUAGAGGAUCACCAUACUCAUGACUAUCAACAACAGCUAGCACAACACGACGCUAUUGAAGAUCGGUCGGAUGACGUCGAGGAUAUCUCAUCGAAAAUGGCACCCAUUCAAAUCUAUAAGAGUCUAUGGAAAAUCAUUACACUGCCUCAUAUCCAAACAUUAUCAAUCUUAUUUUUAACUUGUAAAAUAGUUUUUCAAUCGAACGAUGCAUUGUCUCUACGUCUCUUGGAGAAAGGAAUGAAGAAAGAGGAUUUGGCAUCGUUUUCAAUCAUUCAAUUCCCUUGUACAUUAUUAUUUUCUUUGAUAUCAAGUAAAAUGAUAAAAGAUAAACCAUUAUCAUUGUGGACCAACGCAUACUUGCUUGGUAUUAUAGUUGUAUCUUUAAACAUGAUAGCACUAAGUAAUUUUCAAACAGGUUGGUUCUAUUAUUUAUUAUUACUAUCGAUUUCACUGUUCAGUUCAUUCGUUUCAACAACAAUGCAAGUUGCACAAGGUUCAUUCUUUUUAAAGAUAAGUGAUAAAGCUAUUGGUGGAACUUAUCUUACAUUGCUGAAUACAGAUUAUUUCUCAAAGAAUAUUUGUAAAAUACCGAAUGGAGAAACCAUUAAAUAUAAGGGUAUCAGUGAACAGAUCAUCCAGCAAUGCCGACAACUCGGUGGUAAGCUUGAAACAGUGCACGACGGUUACUUCAUUGUCACCUUUGCAUUGAUCAUAUACGGCCUCUUUAUGUAUCGAGUACUACAAAAGAAGUUUGUUCCAAUUCAACAAAUAAAACCUGUUCCAAUCAGAGAUAGUAUGUCAACAGAUAAUAAAGAAAAGCAGAGUGAACCUCAACAACAACAACCUCAACAACAAGAUGAUAAAAUUGGAAAGGUAGUCAAUGUUAGUUUGACCUUUGUAAAACAUAAUAAUAAAUAUCUUUUAGUACAAGAGAGGGAUCAUAGUGUAUUUACAACUAUACAGUGGUUUAAUCCAGCAGGAAGAGUUGAAAGGGGAGAGACUUUCCAAGCAGCAGCACUGCGAGAAGCUAAAGAAGAAUCUGGUGUAGAUGUUAAAAUAGAUGGCAUAAUCAAAAUACUUAAUUCACCUCAAUUUGGUUCUUGGCCAAGUAGAAUGCUUGUCUAUUUCAUGUGUAGUCCUGUCUGGAGUGGAGGUGAUUAUCCACCUACAAAAACAACGGAAGAUGAACAUUCACUCCAAUCGAAAUGGUUUACCGUAGAGGAAAUCGCCCAGUUGGAUCUUAGAAGUCAAUCGGUCAUUGAGAUCAUUCGUUAUAUAGAGUCACCAGAUUUCAAGUUAUACCCCGCUGAUUUGAUUUGUUUAGAGGGUAAGAGCUGGUGGGAAACUCCAAAUAACCCAAAAACAACAAGUAAACCAACAUUAAGAAAAAAGUUUUUUGGUUAA